AAACCAUUUUUCUUCCAUGUCGCCGUUUCGUGAAAUGUGAUUCUUCUGCAUUGACAGAGUUGGCCGUUUAACCGUUUGUAAUCAGAAUUUUAUUCUUUUAUUUUUAACGUAAAGUUGUUGUAUUACGAUAAGGACUAAAAUAAAUUCAUUCAAAAUGUUUUGGGGUUUAAUUAUGGAACCGGGUAGAUGCUACACCCAAAAAGUAAAAGUUUCAUUCCACGUGUCGAUGGCCGCCUUGGACAUUUCGAAUUCCAGUGAUGAUCCAGCACAAGUAAUGUGUGUUUUUGAAGGGCGAAAUUAUCUUUUAUGUACUCUCAACAAAAAAGAUAAAGUCCAGUGUCCCCUAGAUCUUAAUUUUGAGGCUGGUUCAAAAGUAUCUUUCGCUACUAAUGGAAAAGCCCAUGUGCACUUAAGUGGAUACUUAAUAUCGGGAGAUGACUUUUUUAAUGAAGAAAUUGAAGAGGAAGAAGUCUCACAAAUUGCAGAAAAAAAGCGUCCCAAAAAAGAAGCAGUAGAUGGCCCUCCCACCAAAAAGUCUAAAACAACAAAAAAUAAUGCAGUUACUGCUUCAGAAGUAGAAGAAGAAGAAGAUGAUGAAUCAGAUUCAAGUUUUGAUAUUGAUGAAGCAAUCGACGAGGAGGAGGGUGAUGAAGAAGAAUCUGAGGAUGAAGAAGAGGGUGAAGCAGAGGACGAAGAGGGAGAGGAGGAGGAAGAUGAUGAGGACGCUUCUAGUUUGAGCAAUGAAGAAGAUGAAGAAAGUGAAGAAGAAAAAGUUGUUAAACCAAAACAAAAUGGUGUAACUACUAAAACAAAUGCAAAACAAAAACAGAAAACGCAAGAGAAAGUUCCUAAAGAAAAACCUAAAAAACAAGAAAAGAAAGAACCACAACAGAAAUUAAAAAAGACUGUUUUAAAAGGAGGAGUUAUUGUACAAGACCUGAAGGAAGGUGCUGGUGAACCUGUGAAAGAGGGCAAAUUUGUUCAUGUCUACUAUGAAGGACGCCUCAAAGACAACAAUAAAAUGUUUGAUUCAACAACAAAAGGCCCUGGAUUUAGUUUUAGAGUUGGAAAAGGAGAGGUGAUUAAAGGCUGGGAUAUUGGCUUGGUAGGAAUGAAGGUUGGAGGAAAGAGGCGCAUUGUUUGCCCACCCAAGGUUGCUUAUGGUUCAGACGGUUCCCCACCAGUUAUUCCACCAAAUGCUGUUCUUGUGUUUGAUGUUGAAGUUAAAAAAAUCAGUUAAAUUUACAUGUUUACUGUCUACAUUAUAAUGCUACUUUGUUAUUACUGUCUGAUGUGUAAUCUCUAAGUAUUAUACCCUUUUUUACGCCAACAUUCUGUCUUACAUUUUGAUUUUAAAUUUAAAAUUAAAACAUAUUUUCAUUAA